AUGCUAACAGGGGAAAAUCAACCAUCAUGCACACAAGAGGACAUCAUUUGUGAACGAGUCCAAAAAUAUUUUUCUCAUAAAAAUAUUUCUUUUUUAAUUAAAGUACAAUUUAGAUCAGAAAUAUCAAGUUUCCAGAUGAAAUAUUACGAAGAAAACAGUGCUGCGAUGAGUGAAGACGAAAAUCUAGACGUAGAAAGUGAUGAUGAAGAUUUAAGCAACGAAAAUAAAUCGCGCUCGUCAGGCAGUCAAUACUUUUCACAGGCUGAAAAGCGUGCUCAUCAUAAUGCUUUGGAAAGGAAACGACGUGAUCAUAUAAAGGACAGUUUCACAUCUUUACGCGAUUCUGUUCCUUCAUUGCAAGGCGAAAAGGUAGCAAGUCGAGCGCAAAUAUUAAAAAAAGCCGCAGAAUAUAUUCAGUUUAUGAGACGCAAGAACCAUUCUCACCAGCAAGACAUUGAGGAUUUAAAGAAACAAAAUAGUAUGUUGGAAGCGCAAAUACGAUCAUUAGAGAGAGCACGAACAAGUGGAAAUUUCGGUCAGGAAAGUGCAAAUGAAGCCAUGGAUAAUGUCAAGUCAGAUGUCAGCUCUCACGAAAGUUCAGACGAAAAUGAGGAACAUGAUCGACGAAACACAAAACGCUUAAAGACGGCGACCUAUUAA